ACACUGUGUUUGUGUGUGUUCGCUUGCGCGGUGCGCAGGGCAGGUGUGGGAUUUGGCUCCCUUCCUGCCAACUCUCGGAUUUACCUUGCGGGUCAGUCAGUAAUGCGACAGCACGCACGCCGCCCCGCUUUCCGAAAACCUCGUUAAUUGGUAAUGACGAUGGCGCGACACAAAGUCGUCUCUUCUGCGGCCCUGCUUUUGCUCACAGUUUUAGCAAUGUCGAGCGGCGUCUCGGCGCAAAUGUGCGACUCUCGGGAGUACCAAAUGUGCAUCUCAAUGGCCGACCCGCUAAUCCGCAACCCAAAACUCGUGUUUCCCGACACGAUGACCGACAUUGACGAGGUUUGCCGCACCUGGGGCAGAUUCGUCGACUGCGUCAAAAACUACACGGAGAGGUGCUUCUCGCCCACACGCCGCCUCCAGUUCAACCAGGCCAUCCAGCGUUCCGUCGACUCGGUGCACCAAAUGUGCACACAGACACCAUAUCAGACAGAGUAUCUGAGCCACGCAUCGUGCAUCAAGAUGACGCUGAACAAUGAUUGCAACGUGCAGUACAGACUGCUCGCCGACCUGGUGGCCAACGCCAGUCCCAUGACCUCUCGAGAAGACAUCUGCUGCGCCCACCACAAGUUCCGCGAGUGCAUCAUCCGCGAGACGAAGCAAAGAUGUGAUGCGGGAAGGGCCGGACCCGCGUCCCGCUUCGCCCAGCACAUCUUGGACAAGGCCCUCAGCUUCCUGCACGAGGACUGCGGCAAUUACAUUCCUCAGUCUGGAGACUGUGCUGGUAACUCAUUCCAAGGACAAAUGAUGAAGGAAGACGCUCCAGCAACUACAAAAUAUCCAACACCGCGCGGAUUCGUUGCGUUCAAUGACAAUCGCCGAAAUUAUCGCUUCUGGAGUGAUACCGGCAGCAGGCAUACAUUUGGACGAAGCACAAAAACAGAAGAGUCAACGUCUGCAACCACCAAGCGCUAUGAUGAAUUUUUCAUGCCAGAGGACAAAAUUUCGUCUUCUGACGCACCAUGGAUGCCACCAGCAAAUAAUCCGGAAAACAUUUGGACUCCAGGAAAUGUUGAAAACAACCAGUUGAAUAUUGUGGCUGCCGCCGCAGCCACAGAGCGUCCCUACUUUGUGCCCUCGUCAAACGCACCCUGGCCCGCCGCUCAGCCAGAGACGUCAACGCGCAUCUCAUGGGGCAUGGAGGAAAACGAGAACUACGUGCACAGCACAGAAUCGUGGUACCCUGAAGCAAACAACCACCACAAUGGCGUCAUUGACGAGCCCAACCAGCAAGGCCUGCACAAAGGCGCCGCCAGCGGACUCCACAAACAGUCGCUGGGCGUCAUUUUGCUGGCCGCGGCGCCGCUGUUUCUGCGCCAAUUGCUCAGCUGAGGUGAGGCACCGCACAGGAAAAUCGAGAUCUGUUUGCUCUCUUUUUUGUACAAAUUGUGUAAUGAGUUAAUUUUAAAUAAAGUGUAUGAUUUCUAGUUGUAAAACAGAAA